UUCGAUUUUAAUGGAGCCUACGAGACUGUUAUCUUUGACAAUGUAAGGAAGUAAGAGGCGAGUGGUUUUUCGUUUGAAGUUUUCUUUUUUUUUUCUUUUUUUGUGUUGUUUUGUUUCAAAGUUAUGAAGAAAUACAGGCAAGUUUUGGUUUGGGCGGUGUUGUUGAUCGGUAUCACGGGGCUUUUCCUCUACAGGAACGAGUACGUCAAGCUGAGGUCGACGUUCGAGAUGUUCGUCGUGGUCGACUCCUCGUCUGGCUUUUCCGACAGAAAUUGCCUCGUGUUGAACGAGACGGGGGCGGACGAUGGGAUGGUGGACGCCCUGGGCCGGCCCCGCCCGCUUUGGACGCCCGUCGGCCGUUUCCACGUGUAUUCCGCUUUCGCCGCGAUCUCGGGCGGGAGAUCCUUGGUGAAGGCGAUCGCCGUCGGGAAAGCGGAAGAUUCCACCCGGAGUUUCCGAUGCCACAUUUGGUACGACUUCAAAGACGUGAUUUUAUCUUCGACUGAGGGCGAAUUCGCCAUCGCCUCAGAGCGGAUCGACACCGCGGACGAACACUUCUACGAGCUGACGUGUUCUGUGGUCGAGGAGGUCAAAGGUCGUCCUUACAUGCUCGUACUCGUCGACCCGGCCGACGGACGCAAGUAUUUUGUGCCAGUAUUCCGGCCGCCUCCCAAGGCGGACGGAUUCUCCGCCGCCUUGUGUGUCUACCCGGACCUAACCGGCCUCCCGAAAACGUUUCUCGUCGAAUUCCUCGCCUUCCACCAGGUCGUCGGAUUCACUGACGUCUUACUCUACGACUUCGGCCUCCACUACGGCCUCCUCGACAAAGCCGUACGAAUGGCAUCGGCGUCCCGCUCAUUUAGAUCCUUUUCCGUCUUGAACUGGAAUUUACCUUAUUUGGACAGUCGGGUGGCUAAAUUUCUCCUGCAGAAAGACUGUUUGUACAGGACUGCCGAUCGAGCGGCUGUCACCGUUGCCCUAGGUUGGAACGAAUACCUCGUGCCAAAAAACGCCGCCAAACUGGACCGCCUGUUCGCGAACCACACUGUUUUGAAGAACACCAAGAUUGAUUUGCGCACAAGACUUUGUUGCACGGAUAAAAAGAACACAAAGGGCUCAGAGAAAUCAUGGCCGAGGGUUUUGAGAAAGACCGAAUGCGCUGCCUUUCCGACAGACAGUUUUGUCAUAAUCAAUCCUACAAUGAGCCCUCCAGGACAAACCGCUCGAACCACUGUCGAAAAAGGAACAAUUUUCUUUUAUGACAACUGUUACAACUAUGGGAGUGUAAAGGCUACAUUCAAUCCGACUGCUUUGGAUUUUCUCGGUGAACUCAUGAGCAAUAAGAUACUGAGAUUGUGGAAGUCUGGGAAAUUUUUUUCUUGAUCUUUUAAUCAUUUUUUCAUGAAGUAGAAAAAAAAAUAGAAUUAAUUUUAAACACAAUACGACUAAAGAGUGACUGGCUCUUUGAAUCGUCUUUACAGGAUGGACUUACUUUCUUCUAUUUCAAUUAUCCACUGCAUUCCAUCGUAGAUCUCUUAAAAAGAAACAUUCUUUGUAAAGAAAAAAAUGGGAAGAUUUAUUUAAAGUACUCUAGUUUAUUCCAAGUUACUCUUCCAGUGUGAAAUUUAGUUAGCAUUAACGUUUGUACAUAGUAUUGGGUAUUUUUGUAUGUUUGAGUCAUUCGCUGAUGACAAUAUGACUAAGAAUAAUUAAAGGUGCCAUAUAAGACAAUCAUAUUUGCUAAAAAAAAAAAAAAAA